CUCCAUCUCACUCUAACUCACUUGGUCUGUGACCGGCGUCUUCAAGCUCAACUCGGAGUCAUUUCGCAGCUCGAUGGCGGAAGGAGAAGGAAAGCUCAUCCGAUCUCUCAAAUCUCAGACCCUGAAUCUUCCGCCCAGUUGCGUGGAGUUUUGCCCUGCCUUUCCGUCAUAUUUUCUGGUUGGGACCUACUCUCUCCAACCAGAGAGUACAGGGACAAGCAACAAUGCAGAUACACAUGCAAAUGCAGACUCCGACAUGGAGGGAGAUGGUCACCUCUCUCGCCCAAAACAGCCGCAAAGCCGCAACGGCAGCAUCAUUGCCUUCCGGCUUGUAGAUGGGAAUCUAACCCAUGUCCAGACUAUGCCCCAACCGUCGGCGCUUCUGGACCUCCGAUUCAGCCCUCAUCACGGCAGCCGGGAUAUCUACGCUGUGGUCUCGAGCACUGCUACCCUUGCCCUGUUCAGGUUGUCCCCUGACCAGGAACAGCCCCUGAUGCACCUACACACCAUGGAUAUAACUGCCAUGUCUCGGGGUGAGAUUGAGCCGGAAGCAGGAGAGGAGAUUCUGUUCCUCUCAUUCAGUUGGCAUCCGUCCAGAGCAGACAUGAUGGCCAUCACGACCUCAACCGGGCGCGUUUACCUCGUAAACCUGCCUACGUUCAACGGCAGCUGGGAGCUAAACCCAAUGCCCAUCAUCACGCACACCCUCGAGGCAUGGUGUGUCGUUAUAUCUCCCAGUUUGGCCGUUGCAAAGCAACUUGACGAUUCACGCGAGACAGGCGAGGUGUUUAGGGUGUACUCCGGCGGUGAUGAUUCAAUGCUGCGCUUCCAGACAUGCAGCUGGACGAAGGGCGUCAUCACCGAUGCCUUGUCCUCCUUCGAAUCACGAGGCCACGACGCUGGCGUCACCGCUAUCCUGCCACUACUCGCCCAAGAAGCCGGGAAUGAGCUAAUCGUUACGGGCAGCUAUGAUGAACACAUCCGGCUGUUCUCGGUUCCGCCCUUUGGCAAGCCGAGGCACCUCGCAGAGAGCAGACUCGGCGGCGGAGUGUGGCGGCUGAAGCUCAUUGACUCGGAUACAACGCCCAGCCAAGACUACGUCUGGCGGGCCAGGAUAUUAGCUUCCUGUAUGCACGCUGGCGCCCGAAUCGUCGAGCUUGUGCAGACGGUGGAUGGCGCACAUCGAUUUUCUGUCCUGGGACGCUUCGAGGAGCACCAGAGCAUGAAUUAUGGAAGCGAUUUCCAGCCAGGGUGGAAGGACAAAUUGUCGGUGGUAUCUACAAGCUUCUACGAUAAGCUUUUGUGCCUCUGGGAAUUUGGGAUGGCAUGAACAAUUCAAUGAUGCUCUUGUUUCUUCUCCCCUCUCCCACAUACACUGUGCUGUGUAAGGUCCGAGUCUUGAAAUGCUUGUACGGAAGAAAUCUGAUCAAAGCCAUCGGGUCG